AUGCAAAACGGCCAUGCGACGUUGACAUAUCCCAUCUACAUAGUACAGACCCAGCCAGGCACAUGCACAGGCACAGGCACAGGAACAGGUACGCCGCACAAAAAGGAACGGCAAGGCUUGGUGUUCGUGUCCGCCGUGGCUGAGCAACUCCUCUCUCUUCCACCUUGCCGAGCUUGGAGAGCCGACAAGCUCGCCAAAGCUUCGCAGGAGCACUCUUCACUGCUUACAUCACCGACGGCUUCCUUGUCAACAUUCGGCCCCUGCACGGCUGGACCCAGACAUACAUAG